AUGGCGUCCACGUCGAAUAUAUGCGCUUCGUGUCUGCGAUUAGCCAGGAGAUCAUCAUCAAUGGGCACCGCAAGAUCUCUCCGUACUUUGCAACAAGCAUCAAGAGCAUUUAGUAGAAUCACCGCAACCGCCACCUUGCGCCCACUGUAUCUCAACUUCCUUGCGCCCAACGCCUCCAAGCAAGAGCUGAGUCUCUUGUCUUUCUAUAGAGCGUCUAUCUCGCAACUCUCCACACAGCGAGCUAUCCGAAGAACCUUCGCCACAAGCUCAGACCCAUCCACCGCACGACCAGCACAGGCAGUGCAGAACCCGCGCACCGAUGACUCAGGGAAGCCUAUGCAAAUAGCCAUUUCUCCACGAGCCUCGAAUCGUUUAUACGCAAUAUCGUCCGGCGACAAGAAUCCGAACCUCGCGCUCAGAGUCAGCAUCGAAAGUGGCGGGUGCCAUGGCUUUCAAUAUUUAAUGGACCUAACGGAUCUCGGAAAAGAGCCCGCAUCGGAAGAAGAUACGGUGUUUGAAGGAGAAAAGGGAGAGAAGAUAGUAGUCGACGAGUCGAGUUUAGAGCUGCUGAAUGGCAGUACGGUGGACUACACAAUGGAGUUGAUUGGGAGUCAGUUCAAGAUCACAGGCAUUCCCGGCGCAACGAGCAGUUGUGGAUGCGGAACAAGUUUCGAUAUCAAAUUAUAAGAAGUAUGGGCGCAACAGUAAUAUAAUGUCAAGGGCGGGCUUGACGCUCCUUAUUUUGCACA